AUGCCGUCGGGCCCGCCUCCUCCGUCCCUCUUCGCGGCUAGGCUAGUGUCCGCCCUGGAACAUCGCGCCGAGACCGCGGAGCAGAUCGCGGGGGAACGGGCGAAGCAGGUCGGGGAGCUCGAAGGCCGCGUCGAGAGGGCGGAGGCUCUGCAGAGAGACCUAGCGGAGCAAGUCCUGCAGCAGGAGAACAACGCGGAGACCGCGGAGCUCCUAGCCAAGGAGCGGGCCAAUCAGAUCGCGGAGCUGGAGGAGGCGAACGCGAAGCAGGUCGGGGAGCUGGAGCAGAGGAUCCAGAGCGCCGAGUCGGCCGUGGCCGCGGCGGCCGAGGCGGCGGUAGCGGCGGCGGAGCUGAGGGCUGCGGAGGACGAGCUGGGCGGGGAGAGCGCGAGGUCCCUCGCCGAAAAUCGCGCCAGGGAGCUCUCGGCGGUCAAGGCGGAGUCGGCGAGGCUCGUGGCCGACCUGGAGCAGCGCGUCAGGGACGCCGAGUCCCUCGCGGCCGAGCGGGCGCAGCAGUCCGCCGCCUCCAAGGAGGCGGCGGCGAAGAAGAUAGCGGAGCUGGAGCAGCGGGCGGAGAACGCGGAAGAAGCGGCGGCGGCCGCGGCGGCGACGGCGGCGAAGCAGCUCGGGGAGGUGCUGGAGCAGCGCGCCGAGAACGCCAACUUGUUGGCCGAGGAGCGGGCGAAGCAGGCCGCCGCCCUCGAGAAGGCCUCCGCGAAGCAGAUGGAAGAGCUCAAGCAGCGCGCGGAGAACGCCGAGCUGGCGGCGGCGGCAGCGUCGACGGCGGCGGCGGUGGCGGCGCAGCAGAUGGCGGAGCUCGAGAAGCGGGGCCAGAGCGUGGGGUCCCUGGCGGAGGAGCGGGCGAAGAAGAUGGCCGUCUUCGAGGAGCGGGCGCAGCGGGCCAAGUCUCUCGCCGGCGCGCAGGCGAAGCACAUCGCGGAGCUGGAGCAGCACUCGGAGAGCGCGGCAGCCCUUGCGGCCGAGCGGGCCAAGCAGCUGUCGAACCUGGAGGCGACCACGGCGAGGCAGGUGGAGGAGAUGAAGAAGCGCGUCGAGAGCGCCGAGUCCCGGGCAGCGGAGCGAGUGCAGCAGGCCGCGGACGUCGAGAAGGCGUCGGCCGUGGAGAUCGCAAGGUGGAAGCAGCGCGCGGAGAGCGCGGACUCCGCGGCGGCGGCGGCCUCCCAAGCGGCGGCGCUAGCCGCGCAGCAGCGGGCGGAGCUCGAGAAGCGGGGUGAGAGCGCGGGGUCCCUGGCGGCCGAGCGGGCGAAGCAAAUGGCGGUGUUGGAGGAGCGGGCGGAAAGGGCCAAGUCUCUGGCUGAGGCGCAGGCGAAGCACAUCGCGAAGCUGGAGCAGCACUCGGAAACGGUGGCCUCCCUCGCGGCCGAGCGGGCGGAGCAGCUCACGAAGCUCGAGGUCACGACGGCGAAGGAGAUCAGGGACCUGGAGAAGCGGGUCGAGAGCGCGGAGCAGACGUCCUGCGAGCGCGCCAAGCAGCUCUUGGAGCUAGGCCACCGCGCCGAGACCGCGGAGAUUCGCGGCAGGGAGGCUGGCAAGCAGCUGAUGGACCAGGACAAUCGGGCCGAGACCGCCGAGCUCUUGGCCAGCGCGCGGGCGAAGAAGAUCGAGGAGCUGGAGAAGUCGACGGCGAAGCAGGUGCGGGAGCUGACCCGUCGCGCGGAAGCCGCGGAGCUCUUGGCGACGGAGAGGGGCGACAGCCUCACGGAGUUGGAAGCGGCUCGGGCGAAGCAGGUGGAGGAGCUAGAGACCACCACGGGAAAGCAGAUCGGGGACCUCGAGCAGCGCGCGGGGACCGCGGAGCUUCUUUCGAUGAAGCUCGCCAAGCAGAUUGCGGAGCUAGAGGCCGUCACGGCGAAGCAGGUGGUGGAGCUGGAGAGGAGGGUCAAGAGCGCCGACUCCGUGGCGGUGGAGCACGCGCACAAGAUGGCGGUCUUCGAGGAGGCCUCUUCCAAGCAGAUCGCGGAGCUAGAGCAGCGCGCGGAGAGCGCCGAGCUUGCCGUGGCGGAGGCGGCGACGGCGGCGGCGGCGGCGGCCUCGCAGUUGUCGGAGGUCGAGCAACGCGCGGAGACCGCCGAGAAGCUCGCCGCCGAGAGGAGCAAGAGGCUCCGGGAGGUCGAGACGUCGGCGGCGAAGCAGAUCAGGGAGCUGGACCACCGCGCGGAGACCGCGGAGCUCCUGGCGGCGGAGCGGACGAAGCAGAUCCUGGUGCUCGAGCAGCGGGGGGAGAGCGUCGCCUCUCUCGCGGCAGAGCGGGCGAGGCAGGUCGGGGAGCUCGAGCAGCGCGGCGAGAGCGCGGGGUCCCUGGCGGCCGAGAGGGCCAAGCAGAUGGCCGUAUUCGAGGAGCGCGCGGACAGGGCAAAGUCUCUCGCCGAGACUCAGGCGAAGCACAUCGCGGAGCUCGAGCAACGAUCCGAUCGCUUGGGGUCGUUGGCGGCGAAACGCGCCAAGCAGCUCCUCGACGUGGAGGCGAACACGACGAAGCAGAUCGACGAGCUGAAGCAGCGGGCGGAGGGCGCGGAGGCCAAGACGAAGGACUUGAAGAAGCAGCUUCUCGAGCAGGACCACCGCGCAAAGACCGCGGAGCUUCUGGCGGCGGAGCGGGCGAAGCAGAUCGUGGUGCUGGAGCAGCGGGGUGACAACACCACCUCCCUGGCGCUGGAGCGGGCCAAGCAGCUCGGGGAGCUGGAGCAGCGCGUCGACAGCGCGGCCUCCCUGGCCGCCGAGCGGGCGAAGCAGAUCGCCCACAUCGAGUCCGUCACGGCGAAGCAGAUCGAGGAGCUGGAGCAGCGGGUCGAGAGCGCCGUCAGCCUCGUGGUGGAGCGGGGCAAGAGGAUCGGGGAGCUCGAGCAGCGCGUCGAGAGGUCGGAAGCGGAGGCGGCGGCGGCGAUCCAGUCCGGCGAGGCUGGGGCCGCCGGGGCCGCCGCCGCGGCGGCUAAGCUUAUCGAGGAGCUGGAGCAACGCCUGGAGAGCGCCCAGGGCGAGGCGGCCGCAGCGGUGACGCUCAUCACCGAGCUGGAGCAGCGCGUCGAGAGCGCCGACUUCCUUGCGGUCGAGCGGGCGAAGAAGAUCGACCACCUCAACGCGACCACGGCGAAGCAGAUCGGGGACCUGGAGCAGCGGGUCGAGGCGGCCGAGGCCCUCGCGGCCGAGAGGGCAGAUAUGGUGGAGGAGCUUACCCGGCGGGCGGAGGACGCAAUCGCGGCGGCGGCGGCGGCGCAGGAGCAGGUGGACAACGUGGAGGCGUCGGCGAGGCAGCGGGAGCUGUCAGCUUCGCGCGCUCUUGAGGCGAGCGACCGUGAAGAUGGAGGAAGAGGCGAGGUUGUUGAAGGCGGAGGCUACGGCGUCUCUGGAGCUAGCCCAGGAGAGGAUCAGACAGGUCGAGAAGCGGUCGGAGAGGAUGCUCAAGGAGGCCAUGGAAGAGUAUGCGGCUUCCCUGGAAAGGGUUAACAAGAGGGCCAUGAGGAGGGAGGAGGAGGCGAAGAGGAGGGAAGACGCCGCACGCGCGCUAGAGGAGAGCGCCAUGCAGCAGCGCGACUUGGUGGCUUCGGAAAGAUACCGCCGUCACACAUCUCAGGGAGGGAACUCCUACAAGAAAGGAGCUCCAUCCGGCGGCGGGCAUUUAGAGUCCAAGGAGUCCGUCGCCUAACCCGGAUGACUCUCCUCUCCAUCUCGGCAUUUUCCCCGCACGGUGCGACCGCCAUGCUGGAAGUCUACUCUCUGAGAUUGCGGUUGGGAUUACACCCAACGGUUGGGACUGCAUCGGAAAGGGGCGGCUUGCGAAUCGAGCAAAGGGAGGGUGUGCUGCUAGAAGUUUGUUUCAGGGUGGGUUGCAGCAGACAUACGCAAAACAAAGGUUGGCGAGAUUGAUGUGAUUGACGUGGUUGAUGUUAUGGUUUGGUUACACCUGAGACACCUCGAAAAAAACUAAAGAUGUUGGCGAGAUUGAUGUGAUUGUCUUGUUAAGGCUGAGACAUACGAAAAAAUAAUGCUGGCGAGAUUGAUGUGACUGCUUUGAUGAGGCUGAGACACGCGUCAGGAAAUGUUGGCGAGAUGGAUGUGAUUUGUCAUGUUGCGUCUCGCCACACCUAGGAUGGACGCCGUCGCCCGACGAGAGUCGCUAGAGACAGGGACACGUCGCCCGCGGGAGAGUUUUUUUUUUUGUGUUCCCUGUUAAUGUGGGGGAAGGGUUGUUACCGCUGCAGGCCACGCUUGUUUGAGGAGAGAUGGGAGAUACGGUUUCUGCUGGUGGCGGCAGGGUAGAGGUAGAAACGACAUCACUUGGCGCGGGUCGCGGUCUCGGAAUAGAUAAGAGUGGGAGGGAAGUGGGGUUAGAUUUUGAUGUGUGAACGGUGGUGAGACCAUGCAUGAUGCGACCCUACAUAGACCAGUCUGUCUCCCUAGAGAGAAUUUUGAUGGCACUGCAAGAAGCAGUACCCUGUAGAAGCAGGAAGAGGCGGGUGGUGCCUUUGCUGGAAGUGACGUGAGCAAGUCCAUGAUGUCAGGCAGAGACGCGGCGGGAUCAUACUGAAGGAAGCAUGUACCCCGUUGAAAGUAUUGAAAGUAGGGUCGGACGAAAAAAUGAAAAAAUGCCUGCGAGUCCGGCUCGAUACUGGUAUCUGUAGGUUUACGGGUUGACGUUUCGAAGUCGAGAACAUCAGUUUUCGUAUAAUGCCUGGCUGGUGGUUUUGUUUACUUUCGGUUUCAGAUUGCACCUCUUGUCGGCACGAAGAGACAUUGACCGCUUGUCCGUCGGAGGAAACAGAGAGAUGGAGGGAGUAGCCCAAAGCGGUCGAGUCGAAGGGUGUGUGGGCCAUAAAGGGUGGGCCACCUUCUCCUUCGGAAAUGAGGAAACUCGGCGGGUGUGCCGUUGAAUGACAAAUACGUGGGCGUACACUUACUUCAUGAGGGCACGGCAAUGGCCACUGUAGCAGUGUGCUGUCCGUGACGCUGGAUGGACUGAGGCACCGGCAGAAUAAGAGUUGGUAAGAUGAGGAACACCUGUACGACGUGAGGGUGUGGCGAACACCUCAUGGUAUCGCGGGUGUCCAUUUCAUUUAUCUGGAGAAAGUUGCUAGGUUGAUGGCCUAGCGGCUUGAGGUAAAAGCAAAACACGAAGUUGGGAGCUGUCAGACUUUUGGGGGGGGGAGGGGGCUUCCCCCCAUGGGUGGUGAGAGCUUUAACGAGGUGAUGCCAGGUCGUCGGACGGAUAUGGUAAAGACGAAGAUGGGCGCAUUGCGUCGAAAGUAACAUGUACACCCACCUGCCGUGCGCAAAUACUUUUGCCACAGGCAGACGGGAAAAAAAAACUUCCUGCCGCGCAGAAAGGAAGAUACGUACCCUGAUGGUUGAAUUUUCUGUAUUUUAUUAUUUCCUUGGGAUGAUGAUGAUUGAAACUGCGAAGGGCGGCUGGGGGGAGUCACACGGUGAAAGAAGUCUUCAUGAAGGAGGCCAUCGAGGCAAGAUAGUCUACGAUUUCGUGCGGACGCCAAGCAGUGUUAGUUGUCUUUGAAGGAUUUUGUUUGAUCUUCUGGAUAAUGAUAGUUUAAUUUAUUUAUCUACCCUGUGCAAGUACGGACGGACGGUACUGGCCGUCUUAGGAGGCGAGCUAGUACAGGCGGCGGUUUCGUGUGUGACGUUUGCAUCGAUCUGGUUGGUCCGUGUGUUUGUACUCUGGGUUGACUUGGCUGAAGGAAUACGAACGCUUCGGCAGCCUAGGUCGUUGAUCGGGGUGAAGGGCACCCUGUUUGUCUUGUGUUCGGAGAAGAGACGAUUUGAGUGUUCAAAAUAGUUGACCCGAUCGGUCUGACGAUCCGCUUGCUCUAGUUUUUGUUGUUUUUUCCCAUCCUGUGUCCCGCGAUUUUUUCCCACCGCACUCACCGGCCUGAUUUCCGAAGCGUUUGCAUGCACCCUUGUUUGCGCACACACCGUAGUCGACCUACUUACUACCUGUGACCCGUGGAAGGAAGGCUUGCGCGUGAGUUGGACCGGUCUGGAUGAUAUAAGGCGGUUCUGAGCAGAGACUGGAAUGGUUUUUGCUGCGAAGAUGACAAUUUUUGAUGCAGUAGUAGCACCUCGUGUUUUUGUCAUUUUAGUUGGACUUGGAUCGAUUUGUUCGGCAUUGCCAGUGGCGUGGAAUGGCACACUUUCAGGAGGGGGAUGGUGUUGAGCCUGCGAGCGUGCGUGCGGAAAGAAGACGAGUUGCGGGGACGACUGAAAGGAGAGAGUGCCUUCUAUGCAUUCUUUAGAGUACAUACAGGUGGAUGUAGUUGGAUUCUAUCGCCUAACUGAAUCUCUCUAUGUAUGCAUCUUUUGUCUGGCUCAGGCGACGGCCCGCGCAGCUUGUUGUGAUGGUAGUUAUAUACUGCGUGAAGCGGAGCGUGCAAUCUGCGGUAGAAAUGGGUGGGCGGGCGUAUUAUUUACGUUGCCGAAUGAACAGUGCAUAUAGUGGAUAUAGGGUUGGUUGAAUCUCUGGAAAUAUAUUCAACCCUGCCCUUUUCCUUGUAUCUUCUGCAGUAUGCUACAGUGAUGAUGGUGAGGUGCAUCGACGGCGAUGAGUAUUCACAAACGUAUAGUCCGGGGCUUUCGUGCGGCACGACAGCAUUGAACUCUACAGGCAAGUCAAUCCGUGUAGUGACGAACAAAUUUGAAUUUAUGUCAUACGCAUUCAGUCCCUACUACCC